UUUCCGAUUUUUGUCAGGUUUUGACGUUUUGUGGAACAGUUUCAAGGAUUCAGCCAUUCCCUAUAGUUUCUUAACUUGGAUAACAAAUAAUAUCUGUGAUCGAUUGUCCAGUCUGGUAUCAUACAAGCGACAGCAGUUAUGCCCAAGAUCAAGAGCGAGAAGCGGAAUGAUGCGCGUAAAUCGGGUUCUCUGCAGGGCCAAGGUAUUCAUUUCAAUCGCGAUUUCGGUCAGCAUAUCUUGAAGAAUCCCUUAAUCUUGAACGCCAUCGUAGACAAGGCCAACAUUCGGCCGUCGGAUGUUGUUCUGGAAGUGGGUCCGGGAACGGGCAACUUGACAGUGCGUCUGCUGGAGAAAGCCAAUAAAGUGAUCGCCUGUGAAAUUGAUACGCGAUUGGUGGCCGAACUGCAGAAGCGCGUGCAGGGAAGUCCAUUAGCCUCCAAACUACAAAUCAUACAAGGCGAUGUGCUGAAAUUGGAUCUGCCUUAUUUCGACGUGUGCGUUGCCAAUUUGCCCUAUUCGAUAUCUUCCCCCUUUGUAUUCAAACUCCUCCUGCAUCGUCCGCUGUUCCGCUCCGCCGUGCUCAUGUUCCAGCAGGAGUUCGCCCAGCGCCUGGUGGCACAGGCCGGCGAUAAGCUGUACUGCCGGUUAUCCAUCAACACCCACCUCCUGUCCCGCGUCGACCAUCUGAUGAAGAUCGGCAAGAACAACUUCCGGCCUCCGCCCAAAGUGGAGAGCAGUGUCGUCCGCAUUGAACCGAAAAAUCCCCCGCCCGACAUCAAUUACAAGGAAUGGGAUGGGCUGGUACGCAUUGCCUUUGUUCGGAAAAACAAGACUUUGGCCGCGGAAUUCAAGGCCAAAACGGCGCUGGAAGUUAUGGACAGGAAUUACCGGAUACAUUGCUCGCAGCAUAAUUUGCCGCUUCCUCCCGAUUUUGACAUCCGCGGUAAAGUGGAUGAGAUUCUGCAGAAGAGCGGUUUCGCGCAGAAGCGAUCACGGAAUAUGGACGUGGAUGAUUUCCUCCAGUUGCUGCAGGAAAUGAAUGCCGGUGGACUGCACUUCUCAUGAGACUGCGAUAUACAUGCGACCAGCGUCCAGAGACAUUAUUUGAUUAUUGUUAGUGUACUGAUGGAAGCGUAUAAUAUCAAAAAUAUAAAGAAAUUAUCGGGCGAUUUGUGUUUUGCGGUGUGCCGAUUAGAAUAACCGACGAUCUGUUCAUUCGUACUGUACGGUUGUACUGCAGUCUGUAAAACUCGUGUGUGAUGCGUCGUUGGCAAUCGGCACUGCCUUCUUCCGAAG